AUGGUCAGCAAGGUUAGGGCUUCUCGAGAACAACCAAACUGGAUUGGCGAUACUCUUUGGAAACAAAUGACAAGUAUUGGGACACUGAAGAAGCCAAAGAGAAGAGUUCCACCAUCAUCAGCUGCUCGGAUGUCUGAGCGUAAUGGACUUGGUCCUUAUGUUCACUUCUCAGGGCAGAAGUCAUGCCUCCAAAUCCAACAAGAAAUGGAAGAAGAGUUGGGAAGACCGGUGAGUCUUGGUGAAGUUUUCAUCAAGGUUCAUAAAAAACAAGAUGAAACGUUUGUAGACCGAAAGUCCAAGAAUGUGGCUGACGCAUAUAGGAAGAACCUGGAAUCCAAGUUGGCUGACCUCGGGAUAGACUCAGAGACUUCAGAUGGUACUUCACCAUCGUUGGGGCUAACCAUAAAAGAGGAGAAUGAGAUUUUUCUUCAGGGGCUAUUUGAAGAUCUCAAAGCUGACAGGACAGAAGACGACCAGGUUAGGCUGUUCCGGCCUGACGAAAACGCUCUUAGUAUGCAAACAGGUGCUGAUAGGCAUUGUAUGACACCACCUUCUGUGGAGCAAUUCAUCGAAGCAGUUAAGCAAACUGUUCCUCCUCCGGGUAAAGGAGUUUUGUAUACAAGGCCUCGGCUAAUAGGGAGUGGCGCUAUCCUUGGAGCAGCUCCAGCACCUGAGUACACGUUCCUCAUUUACGCAUCUCCCGCAGGAGAUUACCAUAAGGUGAGUUAG